CGUCAACUGCCACACUCCCGGAUGAUGUGCGCAUGUGCAAAGCAGGGACUUUACGCGGCGCCUGCGCACUGCGGUUCAUUAUAAAGGCACUAGCUGUCUCCGUCUCUUUCCACCUUCAACCAUCGUGAACAUGUUGGGUGCUGUGGGACGCUGCUGUACCGGGGCUCUGCAGGCGCUCAAGCCUGGCCUCCAGCCACUCAAAUCUCUCGUCGGAUCCCCGGCAGUCCUCUCACGCAGAGACUAUGUGUCGCCUGCCGCUGCCGCUGUCGUCGCCCAUGGCCGCAUCGUGGCCGUCAUCGGUGCCGUUGUGGACGUUCAGUUCGACGAGGGCCUCCCUCCCAUCCUCAACGCCCUGGAGGUAGCCGGGCGCGAGUCUAGGCUAGUCCUGGAGGUGGCCCAGCAUCUCGGUGAGAACACUGUGCGUACCAUCGCCAUGGACGGUACCGAGGGUCUGGUGCGCGGCCAGAAGGUCCUGGACACCGGCGCCCCCAUCAGGAUCCCCGUGGGCCCCGAGACCCUCGGUCGCAUCAUGAACGUCAUCGGCGAGCCCAUCGACGAGAGGGGUCCCAUCUCCACCAAGCAGACUGCCCCCAUCCACGCUGAGGCCCCAGAGUUCGUGGACAUGAGUGUGGAGCAGGAGAUCCUGGUGACGGGCAUCAAGGUGGUGGACCUGCUCGCCCCCUACGCCAAGGGAGGCAAGAUCGGUCUGUUCGGCGGUGCCGGCGUGGGCAAGACCGUGUUGAUCAUGGAGCUGAUCAACAACGUGGCCAAGGCCCAUGGUGGUUACUCUGUGUUCGCCGGGGUGGGUGAGCGCACCCGCGAGGGAAACGACUUGUACCACGAGAUGAUUGAGUCCGGAGUCAUCAACCUCAAGGACGACACCUCCAAGGUGGCGCUGGUGUACGGCCAGAUGAACGAGCCCCCAGGCGCGCGUGCCCGUGUGGCCCUGACCGGCCUCAGCGUGGCGGAAUACUUCCGUGACCAGGAGGGUCAAGACGUGCUGCUCUUCAUCGACAACAUUUUCCGCUUCACGCAGGCCGGAUCUGAGGUGUCCGCCCUGCUGGGUCGUAUCCCCUCCGCUGUAGGCUACCAGCCCACCCUGGCCACCGACAUGGGAACCAUGCAGGAGAGAAUCACCACCACCAAGAAGGGCUCCAUCACAUCUGUCCAGGCCAUCUAUGUGCCCGCUGACGAUCUGACUGAUCCCGCGCCCGCCACCACCUUCGCCCAUCUUGAUGCCACCACCGUGCUGUCUCGUGCCAUUGCUGAGCUGGGUAUCUACCCCGCCGUGGACCCCCUUGAUUCCACCUCCCGUAUCAUGGACCCCAACAUUGUGGGCUCUGAGCACUACGACGUCGCCCGUGGUGUGCAGAAGAUCCUCCAGGACUACAAGUCCCUGCAGGACAUCAUCGCCAUCCUGGGAAUGGACGAGCUGUCUGAGGAGGACAAGCUGACGGUGGCCCGUGCCCGCAAGAUCCAGCGCUUCCUGUCCCAGCCCUUCCAGGUGGCCGAGGUCUUCACCGGCCACGCCGGCAAGCUGGUGCCCCUCAAGGAGACCAUCAAGGGCUUCCAGAGCAUCCUGCACGGCGAGUACGACGCCCUCCCAGAGCAGGCCUUCUACAUGGUGGGACCCAUCGAGGAGGUGAUCGAGAAGGCCGCCAGGCUGGCUGAGGAGCAUGGUUCUUAAUAAUUCUCCAGACAAUAGAACCGUUGUGGGGCGGGGGGGAUCGGAGUGUAUGCAAGAAUAGAGAGGAUGGGGAUACUCCUCAACUUGGAGCACUUGGGGAGGGGUCGGGGUUUAUAAAACAUCAAUAUGCAUAAAAUGUACCUGUCCUGUCAUCCUGAAAAGUUAUAUUUAAUGUUUCCAAUGAAUGGAAGAUGGAUUAAAGAUCUGUCUUUACAUAAAAGAUACGUUCUGUAUCAAUUCGUUUUCUAGUUGUGUUGACCAUGCUAGGAUACAGUUGUUCCUAAUGGGUGUGGAUGUCUGCGUUCAUUUUGACCACUAGAUGGCAGCCAUAUGUCAAGCUGUUGCUUCACGUACUGUCGCAAGUGUUGCAACUUGAUGACCAGAAAUGAAAAUAAAAACGUAACGAAGAAAUGA